UCUAAAUACUACAACUUGUAACAUUCAAUCCAUUGUAUUCACCUAACCUCUCACCUCCGUACCGCCGCACGCUAUCUCUUCCCACGCCAGCCAUCCUUUCUCCGUCUCUCGCCGUACGCCUUCGCGUUCCGUUACCGUCCUCCGUCUGCGUCUUCGUCCGUUUGCUAUUUUUAGGGACGAGUGAGAGCUCAGGCGUGGUGUGCCUACCCUUGAGUAGAAGAGGACGCCACAAUGGGGUUUCCGGAGGAAGAGAUAACGAGGCUGUAUAGGAUCCGGAAGACUGUGAUGGAGAUGCUUAGGGACAGGAAUUACCUCGUCGGAGACUUCGAGAUUAACAUGUCGAAACACCAGUUCAAGGAGAAGUACGGUGAGAACAUGAAGAGAGAAGACCUCGUCAUCAACAAGACCAAAAAAGACAAACCCUCUGACCAAAUUUACGUCUUCUUCCCAGAGGAAGUUAAGGUUGGUGUCAAGACCAUGAAGACUUAUAUCAACCGUAUGAACUCCGAGAAUGUUUACAGAGCCAUCCUCGUUUGCCAGACCAGCCUCACUCCUUUUGCACGAACAUCCGUCGCUGAAAUCUCCUCCAAAUUUCACUUAGAAGUCUUUCAGGAGGCAGAAUUGCUUGUUAACAUAAAAGAUCACGUGCUUGUGCCAGAACAUCAGGUGCUCACUGACACUGAGAAGAAAACCUUACUCGAGAGAUACACCGUUAAGGAAACUCAGCUACCUAGAAUCCAGGUGACGGAUCCUGUUGCAAGAUAUUACGGUCUGAAGCGAGGACAAGUUGUUAAGAUAAUCCGGCCAAGUGAGACUGCGGGACGAUAUGUUACAUACCGAUUUGUUGUAUAAGAUUUUCCUUCCCCACCAAUAUAUAUGAGAAGCAUAGACACUGAUUAUACAUUUUUUGGUAAUGGGUGUCAAUACAACAUGACAUGUGUUGUUAUGUUUUGUAGUGAUAAUAUUUAAAUGGAACUUUAUUUCUGUACAAGUAUAGACCUAUAAAUUUUACCAAGUUGAUAACUUUUAUCUUGCUGUA